AUGGUGCAAAAAACCGUCAUCGGCGCUGCACUGGCUCAGGCCGCAAGCGCAGCUCUUUACGAUACUACUGUUCAGACAAAAUAUGGAAUGAUUCAGGGCUACCCGGCGUUCAAUAGCUCUCCGGCAAACAUGUCUCUUGAUAAUUGGGCAGAUAUCGCCGUCUGGAAGGGCAUUCCCUUUGCUGCCUCUACCGCAGGCAACAAUCGCUUCAAGGCUCCUCAGCCCAUCGUCGCAUGGAACUCAACUCUGGACGCCAAGUCAUUUGGCAGUAUCUGCCCUUCUGCUGUGGGCAGCGGUACGGACGCCUACACCGUUGGCGAAGACUGCCUGAACCUCAACGUCUGGAGCGCGGCAAACUCAACGGAUGCCAAGUUGCCUGUAGUCAUGUGGAGCUAUCCGGCCGGUUCGACCGCAGCAAUGCCGCUCUUCGACGGAGCAGGCAUCGCCGACAAGGGCGUUGUAUACGUCAACUAUAACUACCGCACCGGGUCUUUCGGCUGGCUUGCAACGCCUGAGCUUAACCAGGAGAGACUUAGCACCGCUGGAUCGAACAGCUCCGGCAACUAUGGCAUGUUGGACCAGUUCGCCGCUUUGAAGUGGAUUCAUGAGAACAUUGCCAGCUUCGGUGGUGAUCCGAAUCACAUCACAGUCAUGGGUCAGUCCGCCGGAUCGGCGGCUACUUACCAUAUGCUUAACGGCCCUCUACACGGCGUUCCACUCCAUGGUGCCAUCAUCCAAUCUGGCACGGCGAGCAGAUACAUGGCAUCGAUGAACUGCUCUGAUAUUGCAUGCAUGCGCGCUCUUCCGAUGGAAGAUCUUGUCACCGAAUUCCUCAACUCCGAGUUCGACUUCACGGCCACUCUCGACUACUACGCUAUGCCGGACACUUAUAUCAACACUCUAGAGAAGGGAAUUGCCCAGGAUGUCCCUGUCAUGACGGGUAACACUAAAGACGAGAGCGGGGCGGAAUAUGGCCUCAAUAUCACUCUUUCAACUUACAUCUCUGACUUCAAUGAGACAUUCAACACGUGGAAGGACAAGUUUCUCGCCGCAUACCCUGCCAACGACUCGGCCACCGCCUCGGCAGCUGAAAAUGCCCAAUGGACUGACCGCUCAAAAGUGGGAACAUUCUUCUGGUCGCAGUUGUGGCAAGCCAAUGCUACGUCGUCGAUUUACAACUAUAUCUGGGAUCACGCUCCGCCUGGACAGACCCAGGGCGCCUUUCACAUGAGCGAGAUCAACUACGUUCACAACAACCUUUACGUAACCGACUCACCGUGGACUAGCGAGGACUACGAGAUUGCCGAAAUCAUGAACAGUUACUGGGUCAAUUUUAUCAAGACCGGCGAUCCGAAUGGAGAUGGCUUGAACCAGUGGACGCCUGCAAGCAAUGCCAGUGCGACAGUGAUGGAGCUGGGUGAUGCCCUUCCUAUUGCCAAGGACAACCAGAUUGAGUUGUUUGCCCAAUGGUCCGAUACCUUAGUUGCCUACUAG